AUGUCUAAAUGCGACAAUUGUGAUGAGUCCAUAACAAAAAAGUCACCUAGGCUUGAGUGCAACAAUUGUGGAAAAAUAGUACACGCCAAUCAAUUAUGCACAGGCUUAUCUUCGAAGCAGCUAUCAGCUCUGCGCAAUACUGAAAACCUGGAGUGGACAUGUGAGGAUUGUCGUAAAGAAUCGCCUCAUCGUAAGUCUUUCAUAAUUCCGGAGGACGAUGAAGAUGAUACUGAUGGGAUUCAGCUGGGUGAAAGCGGUUCGACAGCGAUGAGUAAAUUACUUCGUGAUAUCUCACUUGAGGUAAAGAAAGCAGUGAAGAUGAACUGGCUUCUGUGA